ACAGACUAUUUUGUACCAAAGAGGAAUUUACGGAUAAUUAUGAAUAUAAGGAAGUGUGUUAAAAACGUUCACGUUGAUGUAUUCAUUGUGUUACUAGUAUUGUUUAAUACAUAUACAGUACAAGCAGCUAGCCAUGUUUGUACAAAACAGGAAGCCUACCAGCAAAGAUACAAAACAAAAUGUGGUAAGCUUAAUUGGAGGCGAUGCACAAGACAUAGAACAAGAUAUAGGGUGAAGAGCUAUUGUUGCACUGGGUGGAGAUCUGCUGGAUCUGGAUUAGCUUGUGAUCAUGCUAUAUGUAACGGCAAGAUUGACCCACCAGCUUGUGAUAACUAUUUCUCCAACUCUCAUAUAAUAUAUAGUGAUGGAAGUAUUCAAAAAAAUGUAUAUGGUACAUGUCCAAAUCCUGAACGAUGUAGCUGCCCAAAAGAUGGUUUUUAUUCGGCUGGCCCAACGUGUGAAAUGUGCUCAGCUAUUACAAAUUGUGAUCUGGAAACAUGUACAUCAUCAUCGAACCAGAGGUGCUCAAGAUGUGAAGGAGUUCGAGAUGAAAAACCCGGCUUUAGAGCUUAUGUUGUUUCCAGUGAUAAAAAACGCUGUACAAAGGCGUGUUCCUGGCGAUCUGACAGUACUCCAUGUUAUCCUGGAAGCUGUGCCAAUGAACUGGCAUCAAAGUGCACCUGUACAUCAGGAUUUACUGGCGCAAAAUGCGAAAGAAUAACCGAAAAGCCGUCAAUUAAAGAGAAUAUACUAAGUCUGACAGCAGCUAAUAAUGGCGGUAAAACUGAUGCACCAGGAAAUACCAAUGCUGGACCAGUUCAAGAUACUGUAUGGACUAAUAUGGUUAAUCCUGUUAAUAUUCACUUUAGAUUUACGGCGGAUUACCAACCAGUUGUGCCUGCUCGACAGGCGUAUGUCAAGGAUUUUAAAGCUGGCAUUAUUAGUGCGAGUUUAAGCCUGGAAAAGGAUGUCAAUCAUACCCUUUCUCAUCGUUGUGGCGGACCACAGAGUAGAAGUAAUCCUAAUCAGGGCGUGUUUACCUGUGAACAGACAUUAACAGGCUUAUCUCAGUUAUCUCUACCAUUUAAUCACAAGGAUGUACUCUCGUUUUCGAUGUCAGUUGCCAAUGGUGGAUUUGUUAAGAUUGAAAAUAAGGAAACACGCUUGGUGGAAACUAAAUAUCUACAAGGAUUGACUCAAACCAAUACAUUUUCUAUAACAUUUGACACUGUAGAUCCAUAUCAUUGUAAGCCCCAGUCAGGAUGUUCUCUAGAUAUGCUCUCUGAUGUAGACUUAUCUAAACAGCGUACCAAAAGCUUUUCUUGGGACGGUUGGAUUGAUGCAGAUGCUGGGAUUAAAGAAUAUUCAUAUGAACUGUUUGAACUUCAUCCUGUUGGUAAUGAACUUGGAGUCAAGGCUAGGAAGACGGGGUCAAGCACUACAUCAGUAAGUAUCAGACAAUACUUACUAUAA